AUGGAUUUAUCACUUGGAAAUUUUCUCUCAUAUAUAAACAUUUAUUUAUUUUACAGCUUGUUUUUUUCUAGUGGUCAAUUGAAAUAUGUAUUUAUAAUAAUGAAAUAUUCAAUAUCAAUGCAAGAAAAUAAUGAUGAAUAUUAUAAACAAAUUUUUUAUUCAAAUGAAUAUUUAAAUUAUGACAAAGAUUUAUUAAUUAAAAUCAAUUUAACAAAACAAUUUCGUUUAGUUAUAUUUUGUAUUUUAAUAUUAACAUCACAAACAAAUGCUUUACCUAUUUUUCGAGUAAAUUCUAAUCCAAUUGUAAGUUUAUCUAAUAUUCAAAAAUCUUCAACAUCAUUUUCUACUACUAAGUUUCAAUUAAAAAAUCUUUCUACACCUUCUAAUCGUCUUCAAUUAGAUAAUUAUAAAAUCUAUCGACAUAUUCCUAUAUCGAGUUAUUCAAAUAAUGCUAUUGUUCAAGCUAAUUAUCAAAGAAAUUUAAAUAAUCAACAACAACAAUUAAGACGUGAACGAUAUCGACGUAUAAUGAUUGAUAGAAUAUUUUUAAUAUUUGAUGAAGAUGCUAAUGGACAAUUAACUAAAGAUGAGUUAUAUUCAUUAAGUUUACGUUUAAAUAUUUUUCCAAAAUAUCAUCAUUUUCUUAAAAAAAAUUCGUUAUGGAAAUAA